CAACAUAGGUUACGAAAUUAAAAAAAAAAAGACAAAAAAAACAAAUAUGGCCUUUGGGUUUUUGCCACAAAAUAAAUUAGGAUUUGUUGCCCCCUUUCUUUAGUUCCAUCCCUAUUCGCAGACAUUCUGUUUUUACUCAUCCACCAGGAAAAGAAAAAAGAACCCUAAUUUUCUUCACGGCACCUGCAAUUUCAACGGUUUAGAUUUCAAAAGGUUCCAUCUUUCUCGAACAGACUCGCGUAUAUGGGCGGGGGCGAUCUCCCUCUGUCCGUAGCAGACAUCAGGAUGGAGAAUGAGCCUGAUGAGUUAGCUAUCGAUAAUGUAGCGGAGAUUGACGUGAGUGAUGAAGAGAUUGAUGCUGAAGACCUUGAGAGAAGGAUGUGGAAGGAUCGUGUCAGGCUUAAAAGAAUCAAAGAACAAACUAAAAUCGGUUCUCAAACGAAGGAGAAGCCUAAGAAAGUCUCUGAGCAAGCGCAGAGGAAGAAGAUGUCUAGAGCUCAAGACGGUAUACUUAAGUACAUGUUGAAGCUCAUGGAAGUCUGCAAAGUCCGAGGCUUCGUUUACGGUAUUAUACCUGAGAAGGGGAAGCCUGUGAGUGGUUCCUCUGACAAUAUAAGAGCUUGGUGGAAAGAGAAGGUGAAGUUUGAUAAGAAUGGUCCUGCAGCGAUUGCUAAGUAUGAAGAGGAGUGUUUAGCUUUUGGGAAAGGAGAUGGGAAUGGAAACUCUCAGUAUGUUCUGCAAGAUUUGCAAGAUGCUACUUUAGGGUCUUUGUUGUCUUCUUUGAUGCAACAUUGUGAUCCUCCUCAGAGGAAGUAUCCGUUGGAGAAAGGGACUCCUCCACCUUGGUGGCCAAGUGGGAAUGAAGAGUGGUGGGUGAAGCUUGGACUGCCUAAAAGCCAGAGUCCUCCUUACAAGAAGCCGCAUGAUCUCAAGAAGAUGUGGAAAGUUGGGGUUUUAACGGCUGUGAUCAAUCAUAUGUUGCCUGAUGUUGCGAAGAUCAAGAGGCAUGUUCGUCAGUCUAAGUGUUUACAGGACAAGAUGACUGCUAAAGAGAGCGCGAUUUGGUUGGCGGUUUUGAACCAAGAGGAGUCUCUUAGCAGUGAUGAGAAUGGAGCUUCUAAUGUAACUGAGACACACAGAAGAGGUAAUAACGCUGAGAGGAGGAAAACUGUGGUUAACAGCGACAGUGACUAUGAUGUUGGUGGGACUGAGGAGGCUUCAGGUUCAGUUUCUUCUAAAGACAAUAGAAGAAAUCAUAUUCAAAAAGAGCAACCAACAGCCACUUCACAACCGGUAAGUGAUCAAGAUAAAGCAGAGAAACACAGGAGAAGGAAAAGAGCUAGAAGAACUGUCAAUCAACAAGAGGAAGAACAGCUAGAAGCUGAACAGAGAAACAUUUUACCUGACAUGAAUCAUGUUGAUGCCCUUUUAGUAGAAUAUAACAUCAACAGUACUACUCAUCACCAAGAGGAAGGUGUUUUAGAACCAAACAUCUCCUUAGGACUAGAAGAGAACAGUCUGGAGUUGGUGGUGCCUGAGUUUAAUAACAACUAUACUUAUCUUCCGCCUGUCCAAGGACAAGCUAUGAUACCUGUAGACGAAAGGCCAAUGCUAUACGAACCAAACCCUAGUCAGGAGUUGCAAUUUGGGUCAGGUUAUAGCUUGUAUAAUCCCUCUGCUGUGUUUGUGCUUAAUCAGGAAGAAGACCUUAUCCAUACGCAGAUAGAAAUGAACACACAAGCACCUCUUCACAACGACGGGUUUGAUACCCCAGGAGGAGUACUUCAACCCCAUGGUUUACUUGGGAAUGAAGACAGCGUCGCCGGAAGAGAUUUGCCUCAGUUUCAGAGUGAAGAUAAACUCUUGGACAGUAACAUCUUAUCUCCAUUCAAUGAUUUGGAGAUUUAUAGUAGCACCUUUUUCUCUGGGUUUGAUUCGUAUGGUGCAAUUGAUGAGUCAUGGUUUGGAGCUUAGUUUCUUGACAUUUUUUGUUGGGAGGUUACAUGGUUCAGAGGAACAUGAUAAUAGUCUGACUAGCACAGUUACAUUCUCUACUGCUACUGCUGAUCUUAGAUUUGUUAUGAGAAACAAUUGUUUUCCUUUUGAAUAAUUUGCCAGACGCUUCUGCUUUGAAAGCAGUGAAUGUGUCUUUUGUAAAUUAACCCUGUGAAUAAUUCAUCAAGUUAAGAAAAUGAUUAUCUUUGUCUGUUCAA